UUCACGUGAUUAAAAACCCGGAAGUGCUAUCUUGGCUAGCUCGCCCUGAGCUUCCAUUCGCAAAAUAAAGACUACGAAGGCGGACAUAGUUUGACCUUUUAAUAUAUGUUUAAUCGAAUAUAAUUUCAAAUAAACUCGACGGCCUUGAGCGAAAGGUGCUUGUUUGUAUAAAUGGACAAGGGCAAGAGCAGCGACAUUCCUGAUCACAGCUCCUGGAUGGACGUGCAUCCUUUCAUCUCCUCCAGCACCAAGGAGCAGCUGGACGUGUGGAGCAUGUUAGGAGUGGAAGCGCUCGCUCAGCAGCCCGUGCAGGACAGGACGGAAGCCGCACAGAGGAAAUGUAAGGCCAGGGACGAUGUGCGCCACGUCUGCACCUGCCCGGGCUGCCCUCUCUCUUUAAAGGCCACACAAGGAGUCACGUGCGCCUCCAAAGACAGCGUCAGUCCGAUGACGUCACCGGAUGGCUCCAGCGAAGCGAGCAGCACGAGCGCGUCAGACUCUCCCCCGUCCAGGCCGUCCUCCUUGGGCCACAUCUCCUCCAUCUUCCCCUGCCUGUGUUACCGCCACAACCAGCUGCUGAACAGAGACGCCGCCUCGUCUCGCACUCAUCAUCACUUCCACCACCACCACUGUCCCAUCGGCGCCUGUCUGCCCCGCCCCCAGUCGGGACCGCCACAUUCCCAGCAGCUCGCCGCCGCUCCCUUCUCCUGCCUGGCGUCUUUGCAACGGCAGCUUCAGGAGGAGCGAGGCCGACCCCUGGCGAGCGUCACGGCGCAUCCCUGCAUGCAUUGCACCGCGUCCUUCUCCAGGCCCUCCCAGUUGCUCCAGCACCAGCUCGCCGAGCACGCCAACAAGCCCUGCGGGUUUCUGUGCCUGCAGUGCGGGAGGACCUUCAACUCGCACAGCAACCUGCGCAUCCACCUUAACGUGCACACCGGCGCUCGGCCCUACAGCUGCGCCGAAUGCGGCAAAGGGUUCAGCCAGUCGGGCGCGCUCAAGAUCCACAGGCGCAUUCACACGGGGGAGAGACCUUACACCUGCGGCUUCUGCGGCAGGGCCUUCCCACACUUGGCCGGGUUCCGAGCCCACCAGCGGACUCACACGGGGGAGAAACCUUACCGCUGUAGUCAGUGUGGUAAGUGUUUCACCCAAUCAGGAGCGCUGAAGAUUCACACUCGCAUCCACACAGGAGAGAAACCCUUUGUCUGUACCAUCUGUGGAAAAGCCUUCUCCAAUCGCUCUGGCAUCCGCUUCCACAACACCACAGUCCACGGUCUCCCUCCGGAACAGUCGGGACCGGAAGGGGCGAGAGGACGCCCACCUGCGAGUCUGCACGCACCCGCCACACCCGACGGCAACGCUCUGUCCGGCUUCACCCUGCUCGUCGCCAGCAAGCCGCAGUCCGACGGCGAGAACCCGGACAGGAACCGAGAGGGGCUGGUGUACGCCUGCGAGGACUGUGGGCUGCGUUUUAAGGACGCUCCCUCCAGGAACCGACACCAGAGUCAGGUCCACUACUUCGCUGAGGAGGGCGUGGCGAAAGAAGGAAGCAUAAAUGAGGGAAUCACACGCGACAAUGGAGAAGAAAUCCGAGUCACUAUUGUUUAAACUAACAAACAUAUUUUACUGAUAUUUAAAGUUGGGGGUCUUCUAAGUGUGGCCUCACUUCAGAGGGUCUCACCCACUCACCAACAACAACAUGUGUACACUCAUUGUAGACGAUGUACAUUUGCAUUCAUUUUUCAUCACUUCACUUUGGACAUUUUUUUCUAGAUUUUUCUCAAGCUAAUCUUCUGGAGCCUAGCUUAAUUAUUGAUAUAUACUGAUAUUGAUGACAUUGUUAAUUUAUUAAUGUUUCAAGCCCAAACUCGCUGCGGGUUUAUCAUUGGACAAUUCAUUAGGGAAAACUUCACAAGCUAAUGAGGUCCAAAAACUCAAACCGUAUUGACGCAACAGUAAUUGGUUAUACUAUCCUCCUACUUAAAACUUAAAACUCUGAUCAGGAAGUUUAGAUUCCUUGAUCAGUUUUCUGAACAAUCACAUUAUAAAAGGGAUUUCCAUUUAUCCCUUCAUUUUCUACCGCUUGUCCCUCUUGGGGUCGCGGGGGGUGCUGGAGCCUAUCCCAGCUGCACUCGGGCGGAAGACAGGGUACACCCUGGACGAGUCGCCACCUCAUCGCAGGGCAAACACAGAUACACGUUCAGACAACAUUCAUCGUGCCUAAAACGGUGGCGUAUGUAGAACCCUUUUGUUGAUGGAGCAAAUAUGGCUUUAACAAAAAAGUGCUUACCAAUCCAGUAUGUAAGUACAUUUGCAAAAAUAAUAGCUUCAGAAACAUGAAAUAUAUAUUACUUUUUAAAAUGAGCAUUUUACAUGUCUAAGUCAUUUAAGACCAUCCCCAGUAUUAAAACAUAAUUCAAUUCAUAUGAAUAACAAUAAACUUCCUUUGUUUAUACAAAACCAGUGAAGUUGGCACAUGUAAAUUGUAAAUAAAAACACAAUACAAUGAUUUGCAAUUCCUUCUCAACUCAUAUUUAAUUGAAUAGACUGCAAAGACAAGAUAUUUAUUGUUCGAACUGAGGAACACAUUUUUUUUUGCAAAUAAUCAUGGACUUAGAAUUGUUUUGUUCAACAGUCCGGGGGUCUCCGUUGUGGUAUUUUAGGCUUCAUAAUGCGCCACACCUUUUCAAUGGGAGACAGGUCUGGACUACAGGCAGGCCAGUCUAGUACCAGCACUCUUUUACUAUGAAGCCACGUUGAUGUAACACGUGGCUUGGCAUUGUCUUGCUGAAAUAAGCAGGGGCGUCCAUGGUAACGUUGCUUGGAUGGCAACAUAUGUUGCUCCAAAAGCUGUAUGUACCUUUCAGCAUUAAUGGUGCCUUCACAGAUGUGUAAGUUACCCAUGUCUUGGGCCCACCUGUUCCCAAUUAGCCUGCUCACCUGUGGGAUGUUCCAAAUAAGUGUUUGAUGAGCAUUCCUCAACUUUCUCAGUCUUUUUUGCCACUUGUGCCACCUUUUUUUAAACAUGUUGCAGGCAUCAAAUUUCAAAUGAGCUAAUAUUUGCAAAAAAUAACAAAGUUUACCAGUUCGAACGUUAAGUAUCUUGUCUUUGCAGUCUAUUCAAUAUAAUAUAGGUUGAAAAGGAUUUGCAAAUCAUUGUAUUCUGUUUUUAUUUACGAAUUACACAACGUGCCAACUUCACUGGUUUUGGGGUUUGUAUACGCACAAAAUCUAAGGUGCUACAAUCUUUCGAUGUCUUUGUUAGGUACAAAAUCAUCAGUGUUUAUUCUCCUCCUAAUCACAACAACAACAUAGCCAUUGUGCCUUUUAUGUGUGAUAACAUUUUAUAUAAUAUAACCGUUAUGAAUAUACCUGUUGUUAUUGUUAGACGUUUACAACUAACUAGAGCCACCCAGUGGUAGCUUGUAGCCAUUGCAGUAUUAAACCCAUCAGUGUAGCUCAACACAUUUUCAAGUUGUAAAUAUUAUAUGUUGUCAUGACAACAUCAUUUGCUGUUUUCCAUUUGUCUGUAAUACAGUUUCUGAAAGUGCAAAACAUUGACUCAAUAAAAAAGACAU